AUGCCGGUGCACCCUGUUCCGAGCGGGGGCCCCACGUCCGAGGCCGCUGUGCCAGCCACGCACCAGGACUGGGAGCCUCCGCCCCAGUUUGCACGAUACCAAAUUCGCCGCGUAGCUUCCAACGACGAGAACCUGCACCGGCCGAUGCUAGGCGUCGAUACACAGCACCUGCCGCGCCCCGAGAGUGCCGUGCGUGUACACAGCCCGCUGGUGCCGCAUGCCGCGGACACCUCGCCACUGCUAGAUGGCCCGGAAGAGAAGCGGCUGGGACGCACCGCCUCGCGUAUCCUGCGCCUCUCGCGCUCGUUUUCGCGCCUCGGCGAACGCAAGACAUCGGACGGCAGCGGGCGGGGGACGCCCACGCCCGUGAGCGCGCAGAGCCGCAGCACGACACCGACAUUGAAUACCGCACGCUCGACCCCGCGCCUGCGCUCAGACUCGGGGCAGAGCACCGCGGGGACGACUCGGAUGCGCACGCGCACCGCGCUCCUCGCCGCACGCGACUCGCCCGACGUCUCGCCGACGAUCGACGAGAUGGGCCAGCUCUACCAGCACACGCCGAGCCCUGUGUGGCACGAGGGCGACGGAUGGCAAAAACCGCCUUCGCGGCCGUCUAGCAGGCUCGAACGCGUACGAGGGGCACUGGGCUCGCCGAGCGCCUCGCCGACGGUGCGCCUGCCGCUCGACCUCCCGUCGCCCACCGUGCACCUCAACUCGCCGGUCGAGACGCGCGCGGCCAAGGGAGUCUCGCCAACCGAUACGCGCUUUUCCAAGGGCGCCUCGCCGAGCGACGGCCGGCCACGCACCUCGCCCAACGAGGUGCGCAUGUCGCCACAGGACCGUCGCGCAGCACUGCAGGACGUGCGCCGCAUCGAGACGCCGCCGCCGGUGCCGGCACUGCCACAAAGCAACCCCAGUGGCCUGGGCCUCACGCUCGACGGACAGCGCGUGGGGCCCGACGAGCUCGGCGAGUGGCCGCCGAUGGGCUCGCCGUCUUCGCCUCUCGACGAAGACGCGGCGGGCCUGCGCCGCUCGAAAGCACGCGCGUUCCAGUCGCCAUGGAAGACGACCAAGCGCCGCGAGAAGCCGCUGCCUUCCAUCGACACGCCAGAAGAGGGGCAGAAACGCAGCAAUACGAACCUGCGCCGCCUCUUUAAGACGGGCAUUGUCGACGAGGAAGAGGCGCGUCGGGGGGCGUUCCGGCGGCGAAGGUCCGAGACACGCCUCGCGUCGGGCGGCAGCGACGCGCCGCCCCUGCCGCCGGUCGAUCCGAGCAGGGACGCGUCGCCGGUCGCGAGCCGCCCACCGAUUGUACAUAUUCCCUCGCCAGCUGCACACGCGCGGUCGGCGUCGGUUGCCGAGGCGUCGCCCGCGAUCGCCAGCGUGCCGCUCGCUGCGCCGGCCACGAUUGUGCGCGGCGCAUCACCCGCGCUCGGCGCGACCCCGGCGCCGGCGCGCGGCGCAUCGCCUGCGCUCGGCAGUGCCGUGCCGCUCGUGCUGCGCCCUGGCGGUGGCCCGUCGGUGAGCUACGCGCCAGUGACGGACCCGGUCGGCGCGGCGCCCCCGUCGCUGAACCCCUUCCGCGAGCGCGCCGACUCGCUGCCCGCGCUCCCGGCGAGCGACGCGCAGGAUCCGGCACGCAAGCGCGCGCUGCUGCGGCAGCACAUCCUGAGCGAGCUCGCCGAGACCGAGCGCACCUAUGCCGGGGACCUCGAGGUGGUAAAGGGCCUGUACCUCGCCCAAGCGCGCAUCUAUGCCGGGAUCAAGACGCCGACGACGUCGAUGCUGGCGCCGUCCCCCCACCCCCAAAGCGGGCCUACGUCGCCGCUCCCCCGGACCUACUCGAGCCGCUCGACCGAGAGCGCGGACGCAAAGCACUGGGACCAUGCGCUGCACCACCCCCUGUCGCCAAAGAAGCGGCGCGACGACCGCCAGUCGAUCCACUCGCUCACCUCGACCGAGGACGAGGACGGCCCGUCGUGGGCGCACCCCGAGCGGACGCGCCGCUCGCCGCUGGUGCCCGAGCGUGCGCUGCCAGCGAGCCCCGCGCCUGUCGCGCCGCUCGGCGUGACGGAUAUCCAUGUGAUCUUUGCCGGGCUCGAGCCGUGCGCGGCGCUGGCGAGCGAGAUGAGCUCGCUGCUCAAUGCGGCCGUCCAGCACCAGGACGUGCAGGCGGUCGGCUCCAUCUUUCUGCAAAAGAUGGGCCAGAUCGAGCAGGUCUAUGCGCUCUACUGCGGCCGCCACGAGGCGGCGAUGGCGCGCCUGAGCGAAGUCACGACCAAAAACCCCGCUGCUGCGGCGUUCCUCGCAGAGUGCGACGAGACGUCGCGCGAGCACUCCCGGGCAUGGGACCUCCCGUCGCUGCUCAUCAAGCCCGUCCAGCGCGUACUGAAAUACCCCCUGUUUCUGAGCAGCAUCGUGGAGCAGACCGACGUGCGCGAGCCGUGCUAUCCCACGCUGCACGCCGCCCUGCAGCAGAUCCAGCUGGUGGCGGACCGCAUCAACGAAAACAAGAAACGGAUGGAGAUUGUCGAGCAGCACGGGUUUGUGCCGCCGCAGGCGCCGCGGCCGUCGGCGUUUCGGCGCCCGCCGACGGCGCUGCGCAAGGCCAAGGCGUCGCCGCGCCCCGACGAGCCGCCGCUCACCACCGACGAAGGCGAGUACCGUGCGCUGCUGGAGCGCGUCGACGCGAGCGAGCGCCACCUGCUCUCCUUCUCGCAAGAGUGUGCGACGUGGGCGCGCAGCGUACGGGCAAUGUACACAGCCCAGCUGCACGUCGCCGACGCAUGGAUCGCCGUGUACAGAACGGGCGAUACGCGCGGCGUCCUCUCGGCGAUCGACCGACUGGUGCAAUUCCGCGCGGUGCUGCAGCACACGCUCCUCGACACGGUGUGUGCGCGGCUCGAUACGGAGCUGCGCCGCACCGUGUUUGCGACCGUGCACACCGUGCACACGCUCCUCGAGCGGCCGCGCAUGGUGAUGGCGAACCGCACUGCCAAGGAGCACGAAUACCGCAAGUACCUCGCCGAGGCUGCACGCAAGCCGACCGCGCGGCCGAGCACUGGCGCGCGCGCCUUUCUCUCGCUCCACGUCCAGCUCAUGGAGGAGCUCCCGGCGCUGCUACGGGGCAUUGCAUUGGUCAUGGACCGCUGCGUGAUGUUCUUCGCAGAGAUCCAGACCGCGUACUACGCUUUGGUCGCCGAAGAGCUGCACGCAUUCUGCACACAGUACCUGCCGACGGCCAUGACGCCAAACAGCGCGUCGCUCACGCCGACCGCUGCAACAGUCCGCACGCCGACUGAGGCAAGAGAGCCGCCGGCACGCCCGCAGCGCAGCGAGGCACGCCCGCGUGUCGUGCGGCCAAGCACACCGCCGUCGUACCCGAACGAACCGGCACCGGCGCCAAGCGAUACGCCCAACGAGCACCGCACACGGCACACACCGACGCCGUCGGUCGUCACGGCGCACACGACGCUCGAGCCGCUCUCGCCGAUCGAGCGCUCGCGGUGGCGCGACAGCAUGCAGGCGUCGAGUGUUGGGCACAUGUCCUUCCGCGAUGCACGCACAUCGUUUAGCGACGUCUCGCGCUCGUCGUACGGCGAUGCGAGCUCGCUGGGCGACCUCAACACACUUCCCGACUAUAGAUUUCCGACGCGGUAG